UAGAAAUCCAACUCAAAAGCAAUGCAACGCUGCAGUUCGGCAAUUGAGCAUUGUUCCAAGCUAGGAGUCUGAACUGGUUCCACUCGGCGACUUGCAGCUUCGAUCGAUCAUUUGUACAGUUUUCUGUAGCCUUUGCUCAGAGGUCUUCUUCUUGCGGUGAAGGUUGGACUGCGCGCAUGCAUGGCACGAGUGCCGGUCGCCGUGCUCUUCCUCAUCACCGGCGUCAUGCUCAUGCUUGUGCUGCACAUCCUCGUGAUCGCCUGGGCGAUCAGGCGGGGCCACGCGCUGCGGCGCAGCACGUCGUCGUCACAGGACGAGGAGGAGCACGCGGAAGCAGCGGGUCUGACGGCCGAUGAGCUCGGCGAGCUGCCAUGCCAGGAUUUCAAGGCCGCCGCGGCAGCGACGCCCGGCCGCGAGUGCGCGGUCUGCCUGGAGGCGUUCCUGGCUGGCGACCGGUGCCGCGUGCUGCCGGGAUGUGGGCACGCGUUCCACGCGCCGUGCGUGGAUUCGUGGCUUCGCAAGAGCCGCCAGUGCCCGGUCUGCCGCGCCGAGGUGGCUGGCUGCGGGAAGCCGGCCGGCGCGGUGGUUGAUGAACCCGCCAGCUCGGAGAGCGUUGCUGAAAUACUGGGAGGAGCAGAUCGCUAGUGAAUUGCUCGACUUGCUUCAUGUACAUACAAACAUACAGGUUGCUUCUUAUAUGGAACUAAUUCAUAUAUUCAUUGAAUUGGUGCUUCUGAGUUCUGAUUGAUAUUUUGUUGAUGUAUACACUAGUCUA